GUGUUUUCUCCUGUAAGGUGAAGUGAGUGUAAAUGAUGGAAAUAUCUGUGACGUUCCUCCUCGCUGGAUGUCUGAUACAAGGUGUUUUAUGUGGCUUCAGUAUCAGUCUGCCAGAGAAAGUAGAAGCUCUAGAAGGAUCCUGUGUUUUUAUACCCUGCACAUUCAAUAUUGAUGAAGAUUAUAAAGAUGAUCUCACUGAUACUGCAAAGAGAUUAUGGUAUAAAGAUGGAAAACCUGCAGUUUUGGUGUUUGACUCCAGCAGCCCUGACAGUGGACAGUUAAAAGGAGAAAUAUUUGGCAAAGCUACAGAGAAAAGGUGCAGCACUCGCUUCGAUAAUCUCAAACUAACAGACAGUGGCUCAUAUUACUUGAGAUUAGAAGGCAGCGGUAGACUUCAAUAUAACUACAUGAAACCCCAACACUCCUAUGUUGAAAUUGUGGUCAAAGGUGAGUGUCAUUGUUCACGCUGCUUCUGUCCACCUUAUUUUUGAUGAAAGAGGCUACCAGUGUUUCACUAUUACAAAACAGCCUGCUGAUGCUUUAACUUGCAUUUGCAUCUGUGUGUGUGUUUCAGCGUCUCCACCCAAUCCCACAGUGCUUCUGUUUCAGGAUCAGCAGGAGGUGAUGGAGGUGACGGAGGGAAAAUCAGUGACUCUGAGCUGCUUUAAGAUCUUCUGUCCGUCUCUUCCAUCAUCUCUCACAUGGAGCUCCAGUCCUGAACACCUCAUCAAUGCAAACAUCCCAAAACUGCAGCAUCAAAACCAAACACAUUACUACUCUGACCUGAUGUUCACUGUAACUCAUCAUCAUCACAGAGCUGAAUUCACCUGCACUGCAACACAGCAGCAGAUCACAACACACAGCACCCGACAGCUACAUGUUCAGUAUGCUCCUAAAAGUGUCUCUGCUCAUGUGAGUCCAGCUGGUGUGAUUGUGGAGGGUCAUUCAGUGACUCUGAGCUGCAGCAGUGAAGCAAACCCAGCAGUCAAAUACAGCUGGUACAAACACACUGAAGGAGACCUGAAACCCCCAACUGGACCAAACCUGACCAUCAUCAACAUCAACCGUUCUCACAGUGGACGAUACUACUGUAGAGCUGGAAACCAACACGGGACUCAGAACACAUCAGUGCUGCUGGACGUCCAGUAUCCUCCAGAAAAACCCUCUGUUCAUAAAUACGAUGUGAUUGUGGAGGGUCAUUCAGUGACUCUGAGCUGCAGCAGUGAAGCAAACCCAGCAGCGAACUACAGCUGGUACAGACACACUGAAGGAGACCUUGAACCACUGACCGGACCAAACCUGACCAUCAGCAACAUCAACCGGUCUCACAGUGAACGAUAUUACUGUAAAGCUGAAAACCAACACGGGACUCAGAACACAUCAGUGCUGCUGGACGUCCAGUAUGCUCCUAAAAGUGUCUCUGCUCAUGUGAGUCCAGCUGGUGUGAUUGUGGAGGGUCAUUCAGUGACUCUGAGCUGCAGCAGUGAAGCAAACCCAGCAGUCAAAUACAGCUGGUACAGACACACUGAAGGAGACCUGGAACCACCGACUGGACCAAACCUGAUCAUCAGCAACAUCAACUUUACCGAACUAAACCUGACCAUAAGCAACACAAAUGUGACCGAACCAAACCUGACAUUGAGCUACUUCGAUCUGUCUGGACCAAACCUGACCAUCAGCAAUGUGAACCCGGCCCACAGUGGACGAUACUACUGUAGAGCUGAAAACCAACACGGCGCUCAGAACACAUCAGUGCUGCUGGACGUCCAGUGUGAGUAUUAAGAGU